UUUAAGGAAACAGAAAUUCCACCAAAGGAGACAGAAAAAUCAAAAAUUAAACGCCUAUACAGAUUAUUAGAGAUUUGGAUAGAAUUUGGACGCAUCAAACUUCUUCAAGGUUAUCAUCCAAAUGACAUAGAAAAAGAGUGGGGGAAACUCAUUAUUGCCAUGCUUGAGAGGGAGAAGGCACUUCGUCCAGAAGUAGAAAGUUAUAAGGACUAUUUGGAAAGUGUCUUUUAUAUUAUACCUUUUCCUUUUUGUUUUCUUUUCAGGGUUGCAAAACUGCGUGAUGAAAUUAUGGCCUUAAGGAAUGAAUGUUCUUCAGUGUACAGCAAAGGACGCAUGCUGACAACAGAACAGACGAAGCUCAUGAUGUCAGGAAUCUCCCAAAGUUUAAACUCAGGAUUUGCACACACCUUAAACCCCUGUCUGAACUCAGGGCUGACCCAGAGUUUAACACCUUCCCUGACCUCUUCUAGUGUGACUUCUGGCCUGUCAUCAGGGAUGACUUCCCGCUUAACUCCAUCUGUCACUCCGGCUUAUACACCUGGUUUCCCAUCGGGAUUAGCUCCAAAUUUCAGUUCAGGAGUAGAACCAAAUUCAUUGCAAACCCUGAAAUUGAUGCAGAUUCGAAAACCCCUUCUAAAGUCGUCUUUGCUGGAUCAGAAUUUAACAGAAGAGGAAAUCAACAUGAAAUUUGUGCAGGACCUUUUGAAUUGGGUUGAUGAGAUGCAGGUACAACUGGACCGCACUGAAUGGGGCUCAGAUUUGCCAAGUGUUGAAAGCCAUUUAGAAAAUCACAAAAAUGUUCACCGAGCUAUUGAAGAAUUUGAAUCUAGCCUUAAAGAAGCUAAAAUCAGUGAGAUUCAAAUGACAGCACCUCUUAAACUAACUUAUGCAGAAAAGUUGCACCGAUUAGAGAGUCAGUAUGCAAAACUUUUG